CGUUUCCUGGCUCUUGGUUCUCAGCUCUGACGGUCCAUCGCGUGGCUUUUGCAGGCCGUUUGCGCGCACUGGCAACCAGGCCUGCGUCGGCUCUGUGCUCCAGCGUGGGGCGGGGGCGAGACCGCGCCCUCGAGCUCAGCCCCGCCUCUUCAUUGUCCUGCUCCCCUUUCCAACACCCCCACCCCCGCCUUGGCUCACUCUUUCUUGGGCAGACCGGAACCUGCCCUCUCCCGCUGUCUGCCCGGCUGAGUGUACCCUGGCACCCUUGGAGGGGUGGCCGCAGAAGGCCCACACACCAACUAGGAUUCCGGAAGCCCCCCACUCCCAGUGUGAGUUCCUCUGGACCCAGAAAAGCAGCCCUGUGGCUCCUUCAGCUCAGUGCUGUGCACGACUCACCUUCAGCAAGAAGCAGCCCAGCAGGCAGUGCCUGGCAAAGCCAUGCUCUACAACGUCAGCCACAGCAAAGGUGUGGUCUACACAGAUACAGCCCUGAGGGGGCAGGGUAGGGACAGGGACACAGUGUGGGCAGGCGCUGAAGGUGCCCUGGCCCCCAACACCUCCUCCCCGUUUCCCCCCGAGCCUCCAGGGGCCUCCGGCAGCAUCAUCCCCGUCUACUGUGCUCUCCUAGCUGCUGUGGUCCUCGGUUUGCUCGCCUACGUGGCCUUCAAAUGUUGGCGCUCACGUAAGCAAAGACAACAGUUGGCCAAAGCUCGAACCGUAGAAGUUGGAGACCCUGACAGGGACCAGCGGCAUGGUGACAGCGGUGUCUUCAUGGGCGCUCACAGUCUGGAGCCCUGUAUCCCCGGCCAGGGACCACACCCUGACCCUGGCUGCCGACUCUACCUGCAUAUUCCCCAGCAGCAGCAGCAGGAGGUCGAGCGGCUCUUGAUGUUGGGUGAACCUGCCAAGGGCUGGCAGGGGCUGGCAGGCCAGCUGGGCUACCAGGCUGAGGCUGUGGAAACCAUGGCCAGUAGCCAGGUGCCAGCCUACACCCUGCUGAGGGACUGGGCUGUCCAAGAAGGAAACAGAGCCACCCUCAGCGUGCUAGAGGACGGCCUGGCUGCCAUAGGCCGAGAAGAUGUGGUCCAGGUUUUGAGCUCACCAGCUGAGGGCUGCUCUGUGGUGUGAGUGACACCCCCGUGCUACCCGCACUGGCACUCCUUACCAUUCUUACCACCUCAGGUCCCCUUCUUGAACUUCUGGCUUCGGUCACUUCAUGUCCCUUCACCUUCCUUUCCAAGACAGAAAGCGGGGUAUGGGGGACGGGAAAGAGUGGGGCACAGCUCUGCCAGCAGAUCCCUGGUUCUGCUUCCCUUCAUUUAGCUCCAGCUAUUUUUUAAAAACCACGUAUUAAAGGCAACUUUGACUUGUG